AAAAGAAUUAAAGGUUUAUCUGGUUUAUGUGGGAUCUGCCUGGCUGCAGGCUCCUGUGUGGCUCUGAAGGGAAAGUUUAAAAAAGGGACAAAGUAACCUCAGGGACACUGGAUCUGAUCUUAAAGCUGGGUGAGAGCAAAAGGAGUGAUGUGCAGGAUGUGGUGCCCACUUCAAGGGGGGAGGACUCCAGCUGAUUCUUCUGGGGGGUGGGCGAUGUAAAGCUGGGCUGAGGGGAAGCAGAUGUGGGUGUCAGCGACUUUCAUUUCUGGUUUUCUCUUCUGCAAGUGGCUGACCCCAAUGGAGAAGCCCUGUUGGGGGCUGGUCUUCUGCCAUACCUGGGGGGUUUGAUGGCACUAACCAAAACCGGAGCUACUACAGAAACUUACUGGCUUGCUUUUACUUUAUGAAGAAAUCUCUGUGAUUGAUUGCUUGAUGAGUGUUGGAUCAAGGAGGAUUUAAUCAGUGCGGAUCUCAUGUAUGUGAACCAGGGUUCCUGGCAACCCAGUGGGUGUGAUCUAUCGCACAUCUCUUCUUGGGUUUGUUAAGAUUUGCUGUGACUGGUGUUGCAGAACACGUGCUUGAGAUUUUGAGGGAUCUUGGCUUGUUUCAUAGCUUUUUCCAUUAUAACCAUGCUUUCUGUUAAGGAUUAGGAAAAUCCAAACUGUUGCAGUUCCAACACCUGGGUCGGAGGUUGCUGUGGUGAAGGGACUGGUUAUGGGGAUGCCUUUGUGCUCAUCAGAGGAGUGUUCAAACCAGGAGAGGUGGGGAUGUCAUGGCUGGGUGGUCACGCAAAACACUCAUUGUCCAGCAUGGGACAGCAAGACUCACUAGAGCCACCACACAGCUCAGCUUGCAACACCAGCCAUGCUCUGGAGACCAGCCAGGGACUGCACCAGCCCCAGCAGUGGUCCUUCUGUGGUAGAAGGUGGUCUGGGAGGAAGGAAAAGGUUUGGGUUUCUUCUCCAGAGACCCCAGCGGAGCAGCAGAGCCUGAGGUGGCUUGAGCUGUAGGCCAUGUCCUGGCCUCCUCCUCCAGAUCACCAAGAGCCACCAGAGUGCUUACCGCCACCUCAGCUUCACCGUUACUGUCCUCAAGAGCAUCAGAGAGUAACGGCUGGCUGCAUCACACCAACAGGAAAACUUCAUCCUAAUUGGGACACGAGUGGAGUUGACUGCAGAAGCUGAAGACGCGGUGACACAGGCAACGCUGAGAUGACCCUGUCUCCAAAGGAAACUUACAUCAACAUCUUCAUGCACCAUGGAAGUCUUUGCCCUGGUUGCAACUGUGGGGAUUUUUGUGGUCUUACUUGGGAAAUAUUUUGAUGGCUUACUCGAAAAUCCCCCCUCUGGUGGAGAACAAUGCAUGCCAAUCCCAGAGGCUGGCUAAUUUUGAUUAACAUCUGAACUUCAGGACCGUAUCUAGAAAAACCUUCUCUUUUAUCAGGCAUCCUUGGGGUCCAGCUUGGGGGGGGGGACCAAAGGUACCUGGGGUGUAGCUGGGCUGCUGCUGGCUUUUCAGCCAAAGUUGCCAGGGGAUAGAGUUGUUGAGGGAUAUCUUGGCAAGUUUUAAGCGUGAAACAACCCUCAUUUGUGCUUUAUGAAAUACAAGCAAUUUUGCUGCAAGCGAACUAUUUCCUGAGUCAAGCAAAUAGGAGUGUUUUUUAGGAGAGCAGCUCUCUAGAACUUUUUUGAAGAUCAAUUUCUUAAACGUUUUAUCUCUUUGGAGUUUUUAAAGCUUGUUUUGGGUUUCUGUGGCAAGGUUUUGGUAGCAGGGGAGGGGGCUACAGGGGUGGCUCCUGUGAGAACCUGCUAGAAGCUCCCCUGGCGCCAAGUUGGACCCGCCUUUGGCCAAGGCCAAGCCCAUCAGCGACAUUGGUAGCGCCUCUGGGAGAACAGAUUUAAGAACAGAAACCUGCAGCGGGGGAGGAGAUUGGAAUGUGAGAGAAACUCCUCUGCAGAUACCGAGGUCAGUGAAGAAGGAGGGGGAAGAGGUGUGCCGGAGUAGGGGAUGCCCCUGCAGCCCGUGGCGAGACGGCAGGCUGUCCCCCCUCAGCCCAUGGAGGUGAGUGGGGGAGCAGAUGCCCACCUGCAGCCCGUGGAGUACGCCACACUGGAUUAGGUGGAUGCCCCCGAAGAUGGCCAUGACUCCAUGGGAAAGCCCACGCUGGAGCAGACUGUGACUGAAGGACUGCAGCCCGCGGAAAUGACCCACACUGGAGCAGUUCGUGAAGAACUGCAGCCCGUGGGAAGGACCCAUGUUGGAGAAGUUUGUGGAGGACCGUCUCCUGUGGGAGGGACCCCACACUGGAGCAGGGCAAGAGUGAGGAGUCCUCCCCCUGAGGAGGAAGGAGCAGCAGAGACAACGGGGAGGAGCGAGUGAGCAGCUUUGUGGUGUUUUGUUGCCUGGGCUUAAACCAUGACAAGCUUCACCAGUCCCUGUGUGGUAGGGAGAAAAGCUGAAGCACUGGGUGCAAGAGGAGGGGCAAAUAAUUCAAGAUACACAUCUGAAUACAGACAUCCUCUGAGAAAAGCGAAACCAAGGAAAAGAGUCCCAACACAUCCAGUCCCAGCUCUGCUGCCAGAGCUCCAGCUCUGUGGGAAUGCAUUUGCCAUCUGCUCCCUCUUCAUCCAGCAAAUCACAGCGAGAAUACAUGAGAGCCUCGAUUACUUGGAGAGCAGAGCUACAGUCUUUCACUCCCGUUACCUCUCUGCGUGGGCGAGCACUGACGUGGGAGCGAAGCUGUCUGUGGUUCUGGGCCACUUUGUCCUGCCACCUGCUUGCCUGCAAGAAGAAAUCAGAAGGAAAAUUGGUAGUUUUAUUUGGGAGCAGGCAGAUGAUUCACUUGCAGAACAGCCCAAUGAAAAACUGACAGAUGAACCGGAGGCAGUGAGAAAAGGCUGUGAGGAAGAAGCAGAGGAGGAUGUGCUAGACCUGGCCGAAAGUGAAGAAGAAACAGGCUCCAGAGCACCUGCCCAGGGGGAAUUUCCAUACCGUGCCCUUCAGGAAUACCCAGCGAAUAACAUGGUGACAGCCUACCCCUCUGCUCGCGACAUGAAGAAAUACGUCGGAGAGCUCUGUGAUUUCAUUCCUGGCACCUCGGGCUACGCGGUGUAUUGGAUUCAGAAUGAAAUUAACAUUUACUCUGAUGUGAAGACUAAAAUGAAGAGAAAAUUUAAGUAAGAGGUGGCUGUUUGCAUCAAAAACUUAAGUAAGAGCUGCCAGAGAGCGAUCAGUCGUGUUUGGAAGUUCAGUCCCGUAGCUGAGAUGCUGGAAUGCCUCCUUGCUUGCUCUCUUCUGCAGACUGAUGGUUAUUUCACCUGUCAGUCUGUGUUCUCCCCAUGUUUUACUUAAAUAGCAAAGAGAUUGGUGGUAUCGAGCUGCAAAUUCUGAGUUAAAUCUCCACAGGGCAUUUAUAAAUUAUCCCUGCUUGGCUUAUCCUGACUGCAGCUCAGCGCAUUCAAUGUAUAUUUAAAUACCUGGCUACAUUUAUUGUAAACAUUUCCUUCUUUAAGUAACUAUUUAAAACAAAUUUCACAGCAAAUUAUAGACAUUUCUCCCCAAAACACAAAUCCUUUGUCUUUUUAUUUGUACCGGGGGUUUUAAGGUGUGGCUGCAAGCAGUUCUCCUCGGAGGGACACACCGACGUCUCCUUGCAGGGAGAAGUCACCCCAUGCCCCAGCUACAUCCACCUGUGGAACAUGUUCACCGGUGGGACCCAGCACUGUCACAGGGCUGGCAGGACAGGCAGGGACUGGCCUGGGAUCCCAGACACACGGGAUGCUCCGCGGGUUUGCAGAGCUUUUGAGCGCAGGGCCCCAGAUUUCCCCUCAGCAAAACCCGUGUCAUGCUGGAGCGGGUCACGCAAGACAGGGAGGGAAAACCCAGGGACCCUCACCCGGCCAGGGGGCCCGGGCACCCUGCCUGCAAGUCAUGGCCCCAGAUGAUGCC